AGACAUACCAAUCUCACUCCUUAUAAUGCUUCCUUUUAGUGCUUCCUUUUAGAAAACAUGGCUGAUAGUAAAGAGACUGCCAAGCUGCUUACGGCUCCUGAGAAGCUGGAGGUCAAGAGUGCCUACAGAUGCCUCGGCGAAUGCGCCCUAAGCGCGAUAUGGAUACUAUUAAUACUCCUGGCGUAUGUAACCUGGGGCUUACCAUCGCCUGACACCGAACCUGAAUACAGCCCCAUUUGCAUGCACGCAACUGGAGGCGGACCAAUUGGAGAGCGUGGGAGCUUGUUACACUACAAGGAGUCCUGUACUAAGCAGCUCAAGGAUUACUUUGGCAAAGGGGCUUACCUAGCCGAGGUGCGCCGUGUUGCGAAUGACGCUAUAGCCUACUACCGCCAGCAAGUCGAGGAGCGCCGCUUCGGGGAGGCUGCCGGCAGCAAUACUACCAGCACCCCUGGGAUUGUCAUCUUUGACAUCGACGAGACCGCCCUCUCCAAUGCGGACGGCUUCUUCCCGCCCUCAGUCACCUCCUCACUGGUCGCCAUGUGGCGCUUUCUCACCGGCCAGCCGCAACAACACCGGGUGUGCUCGCGGCCGCAUUUGGAGUUCGUCGCGAAGGGGCGCAGCGGUCACCACUGCGGCCGGGGGCAGCGGCAGCAGCAGCUGGCAGGGCGGGCGGGGAGGGCCAUGAAGUUGGGGCUGCAGCAGGAGAUGCAGCUGCAGCAGCUGGGGCAGCAGAUAGGGCGGGUGCAGGCGGCGCCCCCGCUGUGUUCCGCGCCGGCGUUGGCGCCGGUUCGGGAGCUUUACUACUUCCUGUUGGAUAACGGUUAUGAGGUGGUCUUCCUGACGGGACGCAGUGAGGACGUGCGACACGACACGGAGGCCAACCUGGAGGCGGAGGGGUACGGCAGGCCGUGCGGCGCCCCGGCCUCUGUCCCCACUGUUUCCGCCACCUCCACCUCCACCCCUGACGGCUCCGCUCAGCAGCAGCCCCGCCGCCUGCUUUGGUGGGGCCCGCACUCCUCCUCCUCCGCUGCCGCUGCCGCCGCCAGCACUGCCGCCGGGCCGGCCUCCCGCGGUCGCUGCUACUCCGCCCUGCUGAUGCGCUCCGUGGGCGACCAGCGGGCGGCAUCCGUGUUCAAGUCCGAGGCCCGACAGGGGCUUCUGGCGGAGGCAGCCGCUGCCGGGGCGGGUGGUGGUGGUGGUGGUGGUGGUGGGGAUGUGGUGCUGGCGGGCAGCAUCGGGGACCAGUUCAGUGACCUGACGGGCAGCCCCGAGGCGGAGGCCAACUGGAAGCUGCCCAACCCGGUGUACACCCUGCUGUAGAGCGGCCUAGCCCUAGGACACCGCCGCCUCGGCAGCAGCUGAUGACGCCUCGGCAGCAGCAGCUGGCUUAUGGCGCCGCAGCUGCUCCCAACGUCCUGCUGCGCCGCCCGAGCCCUUCUGUCGCUCUGUACCCUAGCAAAGGGUGCACCCUAGCAUCUCAGCCGGGAGGAUCAGGAGCAGGAAACGGGGCAGACGGGUUGGCAUGCCGGCACGGGUCUGGGUCUUGAGGGGAGGAGGUUGGCCCGGUGCUGCUCCUCGGUUGGAGCAAGAGGGGGGAGCAAGGGGGGGUGAGCGUUUGGGUUGGCGCGAGUGGGGGGUCGUGAGGACCACAGGGGGGUGAUGUGGACGGGAGCCCCUGUGGGGCCCCGGUGUUGCGGUGGGGCCGCACGUCAUGUGAUCCGUCAGGGUUGCCCUGCUGAUCUGUGUGACAUGGCAGACAUGUGCUGGCUGCUAACUUGACGUUUGUGAGCGGCGCGUGUCUUCUUGCAAUUGGCAGUCAUGUGCCCCCGAGGGUUGGGGAGGGGGCUGUGCACCGCGCUCCGCGCACGUGAUAUGCCAGGACAGCAGGGGGGGUGGCAGGGGGGUGGCAGAUUGUAUACUAGUAGUAUGGGAGGUUUGUAAAUUGCUGAAGUGCAAGAGGCGGUGGCAGGGUGCAAUCUGCCUCGAGGAGGUUGCACCCUUACAUACGGUACGGUUGCUGUUGUCGCACCAUUAGCAGUAUUGUGAGUUUGUGACACAGGAUUUUCCUGUUGAGAUUGCUUGACGUGGCCUGAACAUACGCGCACGCUUGUGGUGGCCAGUUUGAUUAAGGACGCCAGUUUGGAGUCCUCAGACAUUUUAUCUGGCUCCCUGGAGUCAUCGGACAACCCUCCUAAAAUGACUAGUUAUCGCAAUUGCAAAUACACCGAGGAGUAUGUUAUAACGUUAUAUAAUAGUAUCAAUUGUCCUCUGCCUUCAAAUUGGUGUGGUCGACAUACUUACCGCAUGCACAAUGUGCCCAAGCAAACCUAAACGCUGUGCCUUUGUUACGCGCUAGCUGUUGUGGAAUAAGGAGCUAGGCAUAUGAGAUUUGUUGCUUUAGUAUGUUGGCAAGUCACUGCUGAGCCAGUCGUAACUGGUUGCGAUGGUUAGUUGUAGGUGGCCGCGGAAGCACCUUCCGGCGCUCACAAGGCACCUAUUAGGAAGUUAUUAUCAAUAACUAUUGUUCUGUAGUUUGCCUGGCUGGUGGCUGUGUCGUGCGGCGAAGUUGUGAGUUGACUCCAGGGACCCUAAUAAAAUGUCUGAGGAGUCCCGUACGGAGUCCUUUGAUUAACACACGGUCGUGGCAUUCUCGGUGGGAAUUUUGCCUUCCGACAAGUACAGUAUGUUCCUCAUCGCGGCCAGUUUGCUUAACACAUACUGCUUGCUCUUGUUUCUAGAAUCACAGUACUUUCAACUUGCGGCCAGUUUUCUGUAAGCAAGUUGUUUAUGGUCCGUGUUUAUAUCAUUGCGAUGUCUGAGGUGUACCUUAUUUGUGUUAGGCGCUUGUACUGUAUCCCUCCUGCCGUACUGGCGCGGCUAAAUUUCAUAACUGGAUCACUCACGAUGUAAAUCCAAGACAUGGA